AUGAUAAUUGGAGAGACAGUGGGAAAGGUGAUGCUGGUAGAGGGUAUCCACCAACGGAAAGCUGAUAUGGCGAGGCAAUCCGAUGCCUUCAUAGCGUUGCCUGGAGGAUAUGGAACACUGGAAGAGCUAUUUGAAGUGAUCACAUGGACACAGUUAGGCAUCCAUCAUAAGCCGAUUGGCCUGUUGAACGUUGAUGGCUAUUACAACACCCUGCUGGCAUUCAUCGACCAGGCCAUGGAGGAAGCCUUCAUCAGCCACAGCGCCCGCCAAAUCAUUGUCCAUGCGCCCAACGCACAAGAGCUCAUUGAGAAACUUGAGGAUUAUGUCCCAUACAGUGACAUAGUUCCCGCUGGGCUCAACUGGAAGACGGAGAUUGUGAAUGAUCCAGGUGAUGACUCUGGAAUCAGCAUUGGCACAGAUGAGAUUUUGCUGCCUCUGGAGGAACCACCUUUAUCUCCAAUAAAAGAGAACAACCUUCCAACUGCAGAUAAACCCACUGAUGACACAGGGACAGUCGGACAGGAGGAGACGUUAAACAUUAUGCUAUGUCGUCCCAAGUAG